AUGGAGGACGGCCAACAAGGUCCGCUAUACUCCAAAUCUCAAUUCUCACGCAUAUCCAUCGGCGCUCUGUUGAAUCCAUCUCAGAAUAACUCUGAAUCCUCCUCCAUCUCUGCAGCUUCUCCUCUCCCACACCGCUCCUACUAUUCCUAUCACCAACAAAAUCAACACUACUCAGGUCUACCUUAUCAACAAUCACAUCACCACUCACAUCAAAAUCUUACCAAUGCCCAAUCCAUAGAAAGACAGAUGGGAGGAUUUUUAGAUCAGCACCAACCUUCGUACUCCGGCUCUGCCACCUCCUCACCUGGGCUCUACCCAAGAGAACGAUUUCCAUCUGUUUCGAGUGGCUUGUCCACAGUUGUGGAACGAAGGCGUCCGCCACGGCCCAAAUACGACGAGGAAGAAAUGUAUUUCAUCUGGUACCAUCGCGUCGAUCUAAGGCAGGAGUGGAAAGAGGUUCGCAAAAACUUUAACGCCCAGUUUCCCGACCGCCAACGGAAAGGGUUUCAGGGGAUCCAAUGUAAAUAUUACAGAUUCAUCAAGGAGAAGAAUGUUCCCACGCUACGGGAACAACGACGCAAACGAAGUAGUGGUGAUGGUGGAAAUGGCGGAAUAGGCAGUGAAAACGCGAGCAGCGGGAGUGACGGGAACAGCAAGGGCGACUUCAGUGAAGAUUUGCCGCAAUAUGGAGUUAUUAAAUGGACGGAAGCAAGAUUCACUUGGAUGAGAGAGUAUUCAGGUAAUUCUGAUACCAAAUCAUGA